AAAACGAUCCCGUGAACGCGCUGAUAUGGAAAAGAAGAAAGGAGAGCAAAAGCUUCCAUCCGGAAACACGCAGACAUGAUAGAAAAGCCCGCAGUGACGUCACAAGAGAACAGCAGGCAGCACCUGAGGAGGUUUGGGCAGACAGGAAUCCAAUGCAGUCAUUCAUAACAGAAUACAUAAACACACACACGUUUAUCAAACUAUAAAAAAGUUCUUUUUCAAAAACAUCCAAACCUUCAAACAAACAGAUCCCGACAGAAAUGAUGCGUUCACUUCCACCAUGUGGAAUUGUAUCUUCUGGUUUCGAAAGACUUUCUUGAUGUUGGUGGAAAUCGAUGGACAGAUGGACGCGCGCGCGCGCACGCACUUACACGAACAAGCUCGUGGCCCGGCUCAGCUGUCUCAUCAGAGGGAGGAGACACGUGGUGAGGCGCGGGGAGGACCUCCGCAGUCUCUAAGAGGAGCAGGUUCAGGGAGGAACCGGACCUGAACGCGCAGGUCCGCGGGCUGACGGAGCUCCGGGACGCGGCGUGUCCGUAGCAGACGGCGCCGAUGCGCGUUCCUGAGGGCAGCACGUGCAGCUUCGGACCCCCCUCGAGCGCGUCAUGAUGGACCUGUGCCUCCGGAGGAAGCGGGGCGCGCUGCUGAAGCCGCUGCUCAGCCUGUUCCUGGUUUGCGCCUCGUUUCUGAUGCUCCACCGUCUGGCGGAGAGGCACGCGGCUGUCUGCGGGCCGGACUGCGCCUCCUUCAAGAAGGAACCUGUGAGAUCUGCGUGGUGGAGCUCCAACUCCUCUGAGGAUUCGGAGCCGGCGUCGAACCAGACCCUGGCUUUCUGGGACGCGCAGGUUCUGAACUGCAGUGAAGACACGUCGGUGAGGAAGAAGGACUGGUUCGCGCGCCUGGACGGGAAGUUUCACCAGUUUGUUCUGCAUAGACACUGCAGGUACUUUCCCAUGAUCAUCAACCACCCAGAGAAGUGUGCGGACGGAGACGUGCACCUCCUCAUGGUCGUCAAAUCCGUCAUCGAGCAGCACGACCGGCGGGAGGCUGUGCGCAAAACCUGGGGCAGGGAGCACACCUGGGACGGGAGGAAAAUCAAAACCUUGUUUCUCCUGGGGACCCCCACCACCGGCAAAGACACCAACAACCUGCAGAAGCUGAUCGAGUUCGAGGACCAGAUCUACAAGGACAUUCUGCAGUGGGACUUCAUGGACACGUUCUUCAACCUGACUCUGAAGGAGGUCAACUUCCUGAAAUGGUUCGACAUCUUCUGCCCCAGAGUGCAGUUUGUUUUCAAAGGAGACGAUGACGUGUUUGUGAACACACACAACCUGCUGGAGCUCAUCCGCUUCAAGGUGGAGGAGCACAAAGAUGCCAACCUGUUUGUGGGGGACACCAUUUCCAAGGCCAUCCCCAUCCGGAACCGCCAGAGCAAAUAUUACAUACCCAAAGAGCUGUACGACAAGCCCUACCCUCCAUAUGUGGGAGGUGGGGGGUUCCUCAUGUCCUCCCAGCUGGCCAGGAGGCUCUUUGUGAUCUCGGAGAAGCUGGAGUUGUACCCGAUCGACGACGUGUUUCUGGGGAUGUGCCUGAAGAACCUGGAUGUGACCCCGGAGAUGCACCCCGGCUUCAGGACCUUCGGCAUCAGCCGACAUAACUCCAGCCCCAUGAACAGGGAGCCCUGCUUCUACAAAUACCUGAUCGUGGUGCACAGGCUGAGUCCACAGGAGCUGCUGGACAUGUGGAGCAUCGUGCACCGACAGGAGCUGGCCUGUGCACACAGAGCCACCGUGUAAAGAACUGACUUUCCCACAGAGGAAUUUACUCAAAAAGUGAACUUUAAUGAUGUUAAUUCCGUUUCCUGCACAGGACCCAAACCACACACUGAUUUCAUCUGAACUUCCUGUUUUUUUCAGUUUGUGAAGCUACUACAGCUGCAGCUACAACUUCCUGAUGUGUAAAGACGCCCCGACUUCAGACUUCCACGUCUGUGUGCCAUUUGAAACCGUCUCCAUCACAUCCAGAGCAUCAACUGCCUUCAUGUCUCAUGUCUGAAAUGGGGAACAUAAAGAUUUUUAUAUUUUAAAAACA